AUGGCCGGCCGUCCCAACUCGUGGCAGGAGAAGCUCCAAGACUACUGCAGGGCCAUCUCCUACCCCCCACCAGUCUACAAGGAGUUCUCUGACCGACGAGGCGGCCGCACAGCCUGGUCCAGCAGCGUCCACAUCGGCAACAUGAGCGUCCCCGCGCGGUUCUGGUACGAUGGCCAGUACGUCGAAAAGGCCAAGGAGGACGCCGCCGAGGUCGCCAUGCAGAGACUCUGCGGCACGCCGCAGCGCGGCGGCUGGUAG